CUCUAAAAGAAGGCUGAGGAGCACUCCAAGCGAUGACGCUGCUGUAGGUCCAGGGAUAUAUACUGAGUGAAGACUCCAAGCACACAGCCUGCUGAUAACAGAGAACAGCCAGCCAUGGAGCAGAGCAAGACUGUGCUGAUGGACACACCACCGGUAUACUCAGAGCUGCUUCCCAUGCCCCGUAUCCCAUGUCUUGGUGGUGUUAAGAAGCUCCUGUGUGUGGUGCUGGUUGUAGUAGUCCUGGUUGUGGUUCUCAUUGCCGUCCUCUUGAUGGGUCUGCAUAUGAGCCAGAAACACACAGAGACGAUUUUCCAGAUGUCUCUGCAUGACGGAACAGAUGCCAAGCUAAGAAGUAGUGGCGUGGCAACCUUUCACCUAGACACUGGCAUCAACACUUCGGCUAGUGUUGUGUACGACUACAGCAAGCUGCUGAUCUGCACUCGCCCACGCCCUGGACACGCGUGUUACAUUACACGGAUGGAACCAGAACACAUACAGAGUCUCCAGAACAUUGCCGAAAAUGUGCUGAGCAAGGUGGGCUCUGAGGCUGUCAAACAGAAUGACCUUGAAAAGCUGGCGAGUGAUCCUUCCAUCCUGGGCACCACCAUCCGGGUGCUGUGUGGAGAUCUGCCAGUCUACUGGACCUAAUGGACGCUUCACUGACAGUCAUCUGUGUCCUCCACACACCUCUACCUGCCUUGUCCAGAUGUGUAACCUACAAACACGUAGUGCAACACAUGUGUAUAUGUACCUGCAACCUACAGCAGCAUAUAGAUUAUAUACAUGAUAUGCUUAUACAUAUGGUCCCCUGUAAUAUAACAUCCACCAUGGAUGACCACCCCCCUCCAAGGACCACACAUCUCACUGCCAUGUUUUUACCACUCCCCAUUCAAUAACCAGGUAUGAUAUGCUGUAAACCAUAGCGCCCGAUACAGUAAGAACCCGAUGACGCCUACACCCUGCAUCGCCGCAUGUGACUGCUUUCUUCAUUCCCGGAUGCUAUAGACAGACUUGUAUAUUUUAUGUGCCUUUUCUCACAUCUGAAUUGUAUUGUGGAAAAAUGAUGUUCAAAUCAAAUUCAAAAUAAAAAAAAAUUCAGCAUUCA